UCUAGCAGCAGCCAGUCGCCGGCUGCCGGGCCACGACCUCGCAUCAACCCCCGGCUCGCUCUCGCUCACCCGUUCUCGUUCACGUUCGCUCGCUCGCUCGCUCGCUCGCGUUCGUUCAUUCGUCCGUUUCGUUCCGACGCGCAACGCGCGCGCGAGACAGGGACAGAGCUUUCACGGCCACGUUUUCCGCAUAACCCGACGAGUCUGCGUCCGAAUUUCCGAAGCGCCGCCGCCGUCGCCAGUCUUCGGCUAGCCGCGAAGGCGUCACGACGAGAGGAGCGGACCGACCCUUGCCUCUCGAGGCUGAGAGGGAUAAGGGGAGACGGAAACAGCUUUACGAGACUGUGUGGAGAGAUUCUUACCCCCGUCCGUCCGCAAGAUUCCUCACGUUAGAGCGGCUGAUUCUUUCGAUCAGCCUAUCGCGCGAGAUCGCGUUUCUCGCGUCGCUCUCGGGUUAACGGAAGUCCACUCGCCUUGUUUGCCGGGGGUUGUGCUCCAAGGAGCGUUUUCGCGACUCGCACGCGGAAAUACCGAGCGGAUAUCACCGCGCUGUGCACGACGAGUGCACCCUCGGAGGAUCGUCAGGCGCGCGAAAUUUUCAUACGUGUUCCGCGGCGCAUUCGUGUGUCGAGGAUUGUGGCAUCGAGGAGUCGCGAAGGUCUCUCGGCCUCGGUGUGAGAGAAUUGUCUCGUGCGGAGCAAGUGACGCCCGUUCUCUCGCUCUCGCGUCCUUUCAUUCCCGCGGCACUCCGCGGAGUAUGGCGGAUGGGUGACAGACGACGCGGAUCCGCUGCUGGCUGAAGGUGUUUUUCAGCGUCGUUGGGACCAUGUGAGGUUUCGACCAUGAGGAGCGCGCUUCUUUCCCUGCGGGCGGGAAGGACGAGUCGUACACCUCUGGAUAAUUUGAAGGCGAAAAUAUCAACGUCGAAAGUGCCGAGGCUACAUCGAUCUUUUAGGCGAAAGAGUGGCGGCCAGAGCGGUGUGUGGACAGCAAGCGUGAUCAUACUCUCGAUCGGCACCUGGGUGGGCAAGGUCGGCCCGCGCCCGGCGGAUGGGGAGCUCGCGCUCCUGACGUCGCCGCGUGAGCGAUUGGAAACUGUCCGGCAGGUUCUUUCCGAGGUGCCUUUGAUCGACGGCCACAAUGACCUGCCGUGGAACAUCAGGAACUUCGUCCACAACCAGCUGGCGGACUUUGAUUUCGACAAGGACCUGCGCCAAGUCGCGCCCUGGAGCAAGAGCGCCUGGAGUCAGACCGACCUGGUCCGGCUGCGGCAAGGCAUGGUCGGCGGUCAGUUUUGGGCCGCUUACGUGCCGUGCGCGUCCCAGCAUCUCAACGCGGUCCAGCUGACUCUGGAGCAGGUGGACCUCAUUAAGAGGCUCAUAGAAAAGUACUCGCAGCACAUGCAGUUCGCCGCGUCGUCGAGGGAGAUCCUGGAGGCCCACGGCAGGGGCAGAAUAGCCUCCCUGAUUGGAGUGGAGGGUGGGCACAGUCUAGGAAGUAGCUUAGCCGUUUUAAGAACGCUCUACCAGCUGGGUGUGCGAUACCUCACGCUGACACACACUUGUAACACGCCGUGGGCGAAGAGCUCGUCGGUGGAGGACGACGACGAGGACGGCGGGGGCCUGACGGUAUUCGGUAAGGCGGUAGUCCAAGAAAUGAAUAGGCUCGGGAUGCUGAUAGACCUCAGCCACACCGCGAGGGCGACCAUGAGGGAUGCUCUGAGGGUCAGCAGAGCGCCGCUCAUUUUUUCACACUCCUCAGCGUUCGCCAUUUGUAACUCCUCCAGAAAUGUGCCCGACGACAUUCUCAAGCAACUGGCUGACAACGGCGGGCUGGUGAUGGUCACGUUUUACAAUUACUUCGUGAAAUGCGGGCCCCAAGCGACCGUCUCGGACGUGGCCGAGCACAUAUACUACAUUAGGAACCUAAUUGGCGUGGACCAUAUCGGAGUCGGCGGGGACUUCGACGGCAUCAACAAAACUCCCCGCGGUCUCGAAGACGUCUCCAAGUAUCCCGAACUAUUCGCCGAACUUCUCCGCAGUGGCAAGUGGAACGUGCUCGACUUGAAGAAAGUCGCCGGCUUGAAUUUACUGCGGGUCCUCACACAGGUAGAGCGCGUGCGGGACGACAUGAGGACAGCGGGAAUUACGCCGUCCGAGGAGUACCUUCCAGACUCGCCGGACACGGUCGGCAACUGCGCCCUGGAUAUUAAUUCCGUUCAAAGGGUCACGGAAGUCUGAUCGAUCGGACUGUACGCACUGCGCCCGGCGACAUGCAAAUUAAUCUUACACCCGCACGGCAUUACGUUCCGCGGGCGCAACGGCCACGGCCGGGAGACAAGCCGGAUACCCGCCGCCGUCGCCGUCGCCGUCGCCGUCGCCGUCGCCGGCGACUCGAGGCGACUCGAGGCGACUCGGGGCGAAAAUUCAAUUAUCUCAAUUACCGCGGCCUGCACGCUCGCGAAAGCUCAAUUAAACGUCGACGUUUGCGAAGGCUCAAAAUAAACCUACCUCCCGAUAGCCCGUUUCACGUAGGCGACGAGCGACAUUCUAUCGAUUUGCGUUUCACCUCUCCCGCGGGAGCGUUUGCAUGCAACGUUAUACCGAGAUGCGUCGUCGACGGAAUAAUUAGGACACCGUCAGCAGAGGCUCGAGAUGCGAAAUCUUUCAGUAUCUCGUUCUCGGUGAACGAUAUCGAGUGGCGGCGACCGUCGCGUCCGUGCUGCAAUUUCUCCACUCGGCGGCGGAUCUGUAGCCGAUCGCAUCCGCAGCAGGAUCGUCCCGCGAUUUUGUCGCGUGAAUCUCAGAAAGCACCGAAAUCUUGCUCGCUCGGAGGAUCGAAGCUCGGUAGAGAAGCGAUUGGAGUACGUUCCGAGAAGAAGAAAAGUCGCGGAAGAGAAUUGCAGACGCACGAGCGCCGAUCGUCCGCGAGUGUGCAACGCGAGUGUUGCGUUAAGCCCGUUCUACAUUAGUCACGCAAGACGCACAGAACGCAAGUCGCAAGUCGAAUUGGAAUUCCACCAAUCACAGUCGAAUAUUCUCUUAACAUUCGACCGUGAUCGGCGGUGAAUUUCUACGACUUGCGACUUGCGUGCGUUCUGUGUCUUGCGUGACUAAUGUAGAACGGGCUUUACACUUACAUCGCCGAGUGGCGGAAUUUCAACGUCGACGUGAGACGUUGCUGCUGCUUGAUGCUCACCGGCUUCCGGUAUCCGCUGAUGAGCGUGAGUAAAACAGCCGGAGAAUCACUUCCUCUUGGCGCGACAACACACCGAGCUUAUUGCGAAGCACGAGCCGGAGUCUGGCCCGGCGGGUAGAAUUCUUCGAGUUCACAAGCAAUUUACGCUCACGAGUCACGCGGAAUAAUCCGCUCGUCGCCGCGAUAUUUACCCGCGUUAAUACGCAGACAGACUUUUUCUACUCGAUAAGAUCCCGGCGGGUGCAUUGCCGCGGGAGGCUGACUGUGUGCGGUUGUCUGCCUCUCUCGGGCACCGCCGCCUCUGCUAUCACGCCGCAAGCGUGAUCUUUCGCCAGCAUGUAAAUAUCUAAGCGAUAAAAAAAAAAAA